AUGAUCAUCCGAAAAUUCAUUCCCUAUGACGUUCGCUCCACUCACUUCACGUGUCGCAUUGCCGCUUUGGUCAAGCCAUACAGGGUCCCCCGAGUGACUAGAUUCAAGCCGUAUACAUACAUACAGCGCCGAGGAAUAGUGCUGAGCGGGGAGCGGCAUAUUCUCAACUCAUCUUCCAAACAGAUCCGUCAUCUUCUCGAUCGGAGGAAGCAUACUACGUGGGGAUUUGUCAUAUACCGCUGCACCUACGAGGAUGAUGCGGCGUGGGAAACCAUGCUAUCAAUUCUGAAGGAACGUACUCAUGGCCACCUGAAGAGGGAAGAUGCCCUUGAUUUGGAAGAUAAAUUGGAAUGGACCGUUAUUGAGGACAAAGAGAAACUAGAUGGCGCCAAUGUUGGCACAGUGGGAGGCAUGUUUUUGAACUGGGUUGAGAGUGAAGAGGCCAAACACGAGCAACUGAUGCAUGCAGGCGAACCUGAGAUGCAGCCAAGAAGCAUGCUGGGAAUCACACCCAGAUAUCUGUGUUGCGUGCACGUGGGUGCAGAAAGUCUCAACAGCGUGGUUAACCUGGCCCCGCGUCCACCGGAGCCGGAUCUUUGGCACACUGCGUAUGUAAAUAUGAUCCAUGCUCCGUCGUGGAUCCAAAGAACGGAGGUUUGCGACUAUGAAGGAGGCAAGAACGACACUGAAGGCUGGACAAAAAUAUCUGCUGAUUUAUUGAUCCCACACGCCUAUGCAUGUUUGCAAUCACUGGAUGGCUGGUAUGCUGUAUGGGCGAGGCCGCCUUUGGUCUCGACACUUCCAUCUUAUCAUUCAAGAACGAUUAGGACCAUUCGCGACACUGUUGACGGAGUAGGCAGUAUAUCUUUUUAA